GCGACGUUAAAUUUCAGCUCAGUCAUUGAGGCAUCUUUCAAAAGUGUGAAGUUGCACGCAUUCGUUUGCUGGCUGCAUCUGCCCUCGUUCUGCAGAGCGCUCAGAGAGAGAGAACUUGCGAGGCAUGCAGCGAGCACCUUAAAUGACGAAACGUUGAUUCUUGAGUCGCAGGCACCUGAACUGGAUGCAGUGCCCGAGCGACUCCUUCCUCCGCCCAUCCCUGCCGACUCUGACCAAAUGUUUGAGAGGGAAGAACAGGCCGCUGAGAUCGCCCUCACUUUAGUGGCCUCUUUCCAAGCCAUGGAGAAGAAGGUGGAUUCCCACACCACCCGGUUGCUGGAACUGGAGGGCAGGACCGGGACAGCCGAGAAGAAGAUAAUGGACUGCGAGAAGACGGCCGUAGAGAUCGGCAACCAGCUGGAGAGCAAGUGGGCCGCCCUGGGGACGCUGAUCCAGGAGUAUGGCCUGCUGCAGCGGCGGCUGGAGAACAUGGAGAACCUGCUCAAGAACCGGAACUUCUGGAUCCUGCGCUUCCCCCCGGGCUCCAAGGGGGAGACCCCCAAAGUGCCGGUGACGUUCGAUGACAUGUCUGUCUAUUUCAAUGAGAAGGAAUGGGAGAAACUGGAAGAAUGGCAGAAGGAGCUCUACAAGAACUUGAUGAAGGGGAACCAUGAGUCUUUGAUCUCCUUGGACUAUGCAAUUUCAAAGCCGGGUGUGUUAUCUCAGACAGAACGGGGGGCUGACCCAUGUCUUGGAGACGAUCAGGACUCGGAAGAGCAGGGCAGCCUUCACGAUCCCACAGCAGCCGGCAUCAGGGUGGUGAUCAAAACCGAGGAGCCCCAUUCUGACGACUGCCCAGGAGACCUGGAGCAGCACCAGAUGUCUGGGAGUUCCGAGGGGGAUUUCCAGGGCCUGGACCAAGAGGCCCCCUGCGGAAGCCCCUACAGCGCGGCCACCCCGCUGGGGAACUUCGCCGGGAACAGCCUAGAAGAAGGAAGCGAGUAUGACAUGGGGUUUGGGGAGAUCAAGAGAGUCACUGUCCAGCACAGCAACUGCACAGGUGAGUGGAGACUCCCCAUGUGGUGGCCCUCUGCCCCUUGGGGUAAAGGAAGCUGCCUGGAGAGGUGUGCCCCAUUCACCGGAUGGAUGGAAGGCAGAGAGGGGAAGGGGCCUGCGGCCCGCCGGGCUCAGCUUCCCAGGGGACGCUCCCGGUCCCGUUGGCUGGGACGCUUUGAACCCCUCAGCCCAUGGCUCCACGCACACAAGGCCUCUCUGGGAUCUGAAGCCUCCCCCCUCGGUCAAGAUUUAUCCUUCCACGCCCCGUUCACUCUUCCUCCCUGUCUUUGUUCUGCCCUUCUCCCCCGUCCCUUCUUUACGUAAGACCAAGCCACCUUUCCAACCGGUCACCCUCGUUGGUAUUCAGUCCACGUUAUUUAUUCUUGACCCUGUUUGGCACAAGGGCUGGUGGCAAUGUGCGUCCGAAAGGGGCAGGGUUGUUUCUUGAUGGGGAGGUGCUGCUUUUGGCGUUCGCCCCCCUCCCCGUAGAUGCCUGCUCCCAAUUCCACUUUGCUGGACUUCCUUUCCUGCUCCCGACCCACCCAACUCUCACUGUCCUCUCACAAACUGGACGGAAGCCGCCUCUUCCACACAGCCACUGUUGCUUCUUUUGACCGAGACUUAUUCCGUGCAAUACACAAUAUGCCUCACUGGCUUUCUGUCAGCAUUUGCACAUCUUAAAAGUUUUCAGUCCAUGUCUCCACCCUUAGUAAAUAUUCUUCCAAUAUAUACAAAUCCAUCUACUUGUUCUAAUAUUUGCCUUUUUUUGUAUCAUGUGCAAUCAUUCAUCUUCCCUGUCAAAUACAAUUCUUUGAAUCUCUGAAACGUUAAUUCCAGAUUCAUAUUCCUCACUGCAUCAUAUAGCCUCUCCAACACUCACUGCAAAUCAUUUGAAUUCUCACCCAAUUACACAGAAGUACACAGCCCCAACCAUCACAUUUCUAACUCGGGCACAUUCUCCCUUAAAUACAUUAGACAAUCAAGGGGAUAUCACGUGUCUCUGUUCCCUGCUCACUACUGAACCAUUUACUAGGCGCUCCAUUUAUUCUCACACAUGCUUUACUUCCGCCAUAUGUUGCUGUUACCACAUUCAGCAACCAACCUUCAUUCAAUUCCAUGUUCAUGCAAUGCCCUAAUUCAAGCUGCCCCAAGUUUAUCAUAUGCUUUCUGCAAAUUGAUAAACACACAGGAAACAUUUGCGUUCAUACAUUUCUCAAUAGCCUGCCGGAGCGCAAAUAUCUGGCCUGUCCAUCCCUGGUGGGGUGUAAAGCUGCACCGCCCUUUCCAACAUUUGCCUACUCUCGCUUUAGUCAUUAUUCCGCCUAACACUUUCCCAAGCAUCCUUAACAAAUUAAUUCCCUGGCUGUGUUUGCCCUCCUUGUUGCUCACUUUUGCUCCACUGAGGGGAACAAUAAGAGUCUUCAGCUACAGGCUGAGUGAGUCACACAAACACUCCACGUGCAAACCAC